CAGUAUUGUGGUUGUAAUGUGACAUUUCCAAGAUAUGGAAAUGUUAAAGAUGCAUGACUACUUUUGUAAGUCACUGCUAAUAACAAAGUCCUAUCUGAUGUGACAUAUUUAAGCUACUUUCACAUUUCUGCCAGAAUUUUAAUUGUACUGUUUAUGCAGUCCUUGAAUAAUAAUUAAUUAAAAAAACAUUAUGUUAGCAAUCAAAUUCACAUAUCUGGAAAUUGUGCUUAAAUUUAAAUUGGUGCUAUAAUGAAAAAAGGUUGAAAACAUGUGUGUAGUCUGUUAAGUUUAUGUAAUGAGAUGACAUUCAUAGGUUUUGAGUGUGGUUAUGCAUGCCUCAUCUACAAGCAGGAAAUCUCUUAAAAUCAAUGGGGGAGAGGAAGGGCAAAUCAAUAGUUUUGAUUGGAAAUAAAAAGUGAACUACUAAAGAAACAAUAUAAUAUAUAUAUAUUGCAUUAAAACUGAAUGAAUGAAUAUGAAAGAGAUUUAAACAUGAAGUUGCAUAACCAAGACUCAGGUUUAUUAGUGCAAAUAAAUAGGGUUUAUAUAGAUUUAGUUUCCUGGGGGCUCUGGUCAAUUGUCUCCUCGGUGAGGACAAAGGUCCCACCCUUUGUUUUGGUUCGAUGAGCACCCAGUUGUUCAUGCGUGAUGUAAAAUCAAGCCACUAUCCAGGAAUUCAUUCAUCCCAUUAUUCUGAAGUUAGAUGUUGAGGGAGACAAACGUACACAGGAGGCACACAAACAAUCCACCUGUGUACUAAUUACUCAGAUGGCUGCAAUUUUUGUGGAGUGUUUUAUUUAAUAAUUUUAAGGACUUUGUAGGUUUAUUAAUUAGAUUAGAUUACUUUUUUAGCAAUAUCUGACAAUAUGUGUACCAGUUUUUGGAAAUGGCGGUAAACUUGGGAGUUAUAUUUUACUAAACAUUAGUCUUGUACUCAAAAACCAGGGUAAAAACAGCCACAGACUAAGCAGCAGAUAUUUAAUAACCUGUGGCAGGACGGGAUCUGUAGAUUGGGAACCAGGAAAGAGACACAUAAUGGACAAGUUCUUCAAACCCGUCCACAGACCUUCUCUUGAUCAGACUAAGAAACAGAGGAAYCACCAUCAUCAUCAUCAUCACCAAGACACUCGUUCACAGAGAUAUACGAAGCUCGAUGAGAGUGAUGGGCAUACAGACGACAGCCGGGGGCACCAUCGCCGCCUCCAGUACAGUGAAUAUCUCUAUGACAGCCCCCAUCCCGAUGCCCAGUAUCUGUACCACCAAGACAUUGAGAAACGUUAUGACCACCGCACUUCUGUUACCCUCUCCAGGGCCUCUUCCUCUUCACUCUCCUCCACUUCUUCCUCCUCUUCCACUUCUUGGUACACAGAGACAAGUGCCAAUGAUCCCUUCUCCCUUAAGCAUGCUGAGAGGCCGCAGCAUUCCCUGUCCUGCUCCAAUAUCUCAGAUGUGCGCAGAGCUUUCAGAGAUGAUGACAGCAGCGAGCCCAUUGUCUUUGCCACAGUCAAGCACAGCAAAAAGGGCAACAUUGUUAGCAAGUUGACUGACGGCUCACACCAAAGCAGAAGUAAUGAUCUCUACGACCUGAACAGAGGUCACAGUCGAAGUGAAGAAGGGCUUCUGCAGUGCAAUGAAAUAGAUGGCGGUAGAGGACGGACCAAAGUGUCUACAAUCGACCAUGGGCCCUUGUAUAAGACAACUAGUCUGAACCGAAGCUUGGCUUUCAGUGAGGAGGAUAUUGUUUUAGGGGUGCCCAGGGGUCCCAAGAGGGCAGUCUCUUCUAGUCAGUUACCCAGCAAGGGGAUACUCAAAAACAAGGAGAAUAACAAUGACAUUCGCAAGGCCAAGUCAAUGGAGGUACUUUCUCCAAGAGUCACCACUGGAGAAGGUCAAAGUGGGCAAAAAGGGAAAGGUAUCACUCAGGCUGAGAUAGAGCAAGCCCGGGCAAACUUUGUGGAGGGAAAGUUGCAGUUUUCAGCUUUUUUAGAUGAGAUCACAAAACAGGUUAUGAGUCCUUCCCAACUUUCCAUCUUUGGCGUGAACCCCAACAAAACUACUGAGAAGACCCCUUCCCCAGUCCCCAAACCUGAGCCAGUCAAGCCUGAGCUUCCUCCCAAGAAACACAGAGGUGGGAAACGGAGUGACACCGAGCUGCCAUUGAAGCAACACAGCAGGCAGGUGAAACCAACCAUCGGCUCGCGAAAACAUUCAGACUGCUCCGAUUCGGACAGGCUGACAACAUACGCAGCAAGGAAACACCGCGGCAGCCCCCCACCUCGUCACUACACGCCAUCUGCCAGCCACGGACGGAAAGACAGGAGGCCCUCUCCAACUGGAGACUCCAUGUCAGGGGACGGAUACGGCAAAUAUGGGCCUCACCAUACAGAUGGAACCAGCACCAGUCCUGAACCAGCCCAACCCAAGCAGCGCCACCACCGCAAAUACUAUCCCAGCAACUUUCAAAACCAAAACCCACAUACCCAACACUUCCCUAUGCAGACGCACCAUGAGGCUGAGCACGGAGGGCCGAGCAACUCGCCGCCACACUCAUCUCAGCUUGCAAGACAAGGGUUCGGCUCAGAGUCCUCAUCCACAAAGUCCGACUCAUCCAGGGGCCGAGACACUGCCUCCACGGCUACCAGCCACAGCUCAGAGCAGGGAUGCCAACACCAGUCACAGCCCUUGGGGAUCUCUAAGCAGCACAGGAACAUACUGUGCGAUCCGGACCACCUUCAGGCGUUGCAGGAGGAGAAUGCUGAUCUCCACCAGAACCUGCUGCAGACCGUGGUUUGCAUUGAGAGCCUGGAGGCAGAGCUGCAGAGGACCAGAGACGAGCUCAGUCAUGUUAAGGAGAAAUAUAAAAGCCUGCUGCAGACGCAUAGUGGGACAAAAGAGGCAAAUAAUCUACUGGGAGAGCACCUUCACAAAGCGUCGGAGAGCCUGAGCAGCGAGAGAAAAUUUCUGCUGAAUCGCGUCUCCCAGCUGGGCUCAGAGCUGAACGACGCCCACAGGACCAUCGCAGCUCUGGAGAACAUUAAUGUGCCAGUUUUGGUAAAGGAGCUCCUGGAGAAGUAUUUUGGUUCUGCUGAAGCCAUUCAAACUUUUCUCACAACCUCUUUUCCGACCAGCCAGCAGACAGAUGGCCAAUCCUGCGAUCCCAGAGCAGAGGAAGGAGCACAGGGUUGCCUGAGCGAGUCAGAGGCAGGUCGGCAGAGGGUCACGGCCUUCAUGCCGAUUAAACAGGCUUUGACACCAGCUAAAAAUGAGGGCAGUCUUCCAGGCCAGCAUGAGUCCACUCACGGCCCAUCGUUCUCUCUGGCUGACAUGGGAACUGCUUCCUAUAAAACCACAACUUCCAGUUAUCCUGCCAGACCACAGCCUGUUUACCCACAAACCCAGCAGCAGUUACUGCGAAGUGCUGCCCACACCGACACCGCUCCAGACCCUCAGCACGCCCACGCGGCGGGUGACAGAUGGGAAGGAAGAGGAGGGUUGAAGGUGCUGCUCUUCGAGCAGGAUGCAGGGGAUGUGAACUCCAUGUCGGCCCAGCAGAUCCUGGAUGAUUUCAUGCAUCAUCUGCAGGCACACAAGGAGGCCGGGGGAGGGAAGGAGCAGCAGAGUGGGCAGGAGUGGAUGAAUGGGGUGGAACAGGCAGGGAAAGUGGGAGACUGAGAUCGCCGUGCGAGGAGUUUAUUCCUGUCCUAAUUAUUUGCCAGCAGUGAUUGUUCUUUAGGUGGCUAAAAGAGUCAGAGGGUGUAGAUUUAUUUAAUUAAUACAUGAUGUUGUGUUUGUCGGGUUUUAUAUAGCUGAAUGAAGCUAACACUUCAAGGUUGGAAGCAUAAAAACAGUUCAGAGCAACGUUUGCGAACAAAAAGAAGAGAUUUAUAUGCAUCAUCUGGAAUGUUGCAUCUAUAGAAGAAGCAGUAGAUAUUUUUAAAUAUUCACACAAUGUGUUUUCUAUCAAGUUGUAGUCCCCAAAACAGUGCAGAAUAUACCGUUACAUAUCUGCAACACUGAAUAGAAAGUCCUCAUUAACUCUCAACAUGUAGGACAUUUGUUUAACAGCUGAUCAAAAAUAGAUUUUGAAUAAUAGACAUGAUUUCAGAUGAAAAUUGUUCACUCAGUUUCAUUUACUGAGCAGCUUCAGUUGAACUUUAGUAUGAAUUAGCACAAGACAAAAUCAAACUACAAAUGUAUACACCCGAGGUUAUAACGACAAGUAAACACACAACUGGAAAGUUUAGACAGAUGGUCUUUCUGCUAAUUUUAUGUAAUUUGUGCAAUGUUAAGUCUUUCUUACUGAGGAAAAAUACAACUUUAAAGAAAAAAUUGGCAGAAAUUCUAAGAAAUACUCUCUAACAUGUUGAAAAAAGUAUUUGGCCACACUUGAAAUGAUGUCAUGUUUAAAUAUAAACUCUUUAAUAUGCCGUUGGUUCCCAUUUUUCAGCUGCAAGAACUUCUCCUCUUCUUGGAAAGGUUUUCAUAGAGCAUUUCUGUGUUGAUUUGUUCUAUUGAGCAUUUAUGAGGUCAGGCACUGAUGCUGGACGCAAAGGUCUGCCUGGCCUUGGAAUCUCUAUUCCAAACCUGUUUGAUGGGAUUAAAGUCUGGAUUAUGUCAAUCAGAUGUCAUAAAAUGCGUUUACUGGGUUAUAAUGAAUUGAAAAUGUUUGACUAACUCUCCAAUUAAAAGUGGUGGUCAUAUACUUUUAAUGUUGUCUAUCUCAUCACAUGUAAUGCUUUUAAAAUGCUUUCCUGUUAUCCAGCACUUUAAUGUGAGUUAAGUCUGUGUAAAGUUGAGUAUGAAUGCAUAGAUGUACAUACUUCACAGAAUGUAUAAUUAUUUCCCACAAUGGUCCUUCCAUGUUAAAAUAAUAGAUGUUCUUUACUGCUUUAGUGACUUUGAUGUACAGUAAAAUAUGAAUGUAAGUAAUAUGAAUGGAUUUUCAAGCUGUAGAUUAAACAAAAAGCAAAAUUAGUUAUUUUAGUCUGUAUAAUGUCAGAGUUUCACUAUAAAAUGUGCACAGUGUGUUUAAUCUGUGUGUCUUCGUUAUUGCUACCAAUAAAGAUACUUGUAACUGGCUUGGAAUAUA